CUCCGACUUUCCCGUCCCAGGAGAUGGUUUCUGCUGGUCGCCGUGUGGCUGCUCGCACUGGUGGUGAUAUCGAUGCAUUGCGAGAACACAUGGAGGAAACCAAGAAGGCGAUGGACACCGCAGUCAGAAACCUGCAAGCUCAAGUCGCCACGAUCAACAAUGGACUCGCCAACUUGUCCAACCAGGUCACCUCGUCCUUCGAGGCUAUUUCAAAGCAGGUGGAGGUGCGGAUCGCCACGGUCGAAGGGACGGUCAACCAACACACGUCAGAGAUCAACAGCCUCAAGAUGCAAAUCUCGAGGCUACAGACCCUCCUCGGUGAUAUCCAGUCAGAGAGACCUACGCCGAAGCCGAUCGACCAGUCGUUCAACCGCGAGAUCGACCCAUCCAUUUUGGCCAUCAGAUCUCGAAACGUCAUUCCGAAGCAAAAUAUGUUCAAUGCCCUUAAGCCUUGGCUCGAGCGGAACAAUCUCGCGGAAUCUGACUUUGUUAUCGAGGGGGACCCCGCCAGCAAGAAGUUCUCGAUCAGAAUUGGAGGCAGCCGUAGCUACGCUGAGCGCAAGGUGGCACAAUGUAUGUCGAGCCUCAAGCGGACAGAUGGGCAGUAUGAAAGAUUUGCAGCUCUCGAUGUGGACGGACAACACUCCGAGCUCUUCAUCUCGGGGGACAAAAACAGUUGCAUGGUGCGCAGAGAAUUGGCACUCAAAAAAGCCAGACUCACGUUCACCCAGCUCCAUCCCAACAUCAAAGUCUUUGGAGACAAAAACACAGGAGAACUCAGCCACAUGUGGAAGCCGAUUCUCAAGGUGGAGGCUCGCCCAGGAGACGACCCACCAGUCGUGCACUUCGCCGCCGCGAACCUGCAGGCGAUCGGGGUGGACAUCAACGGCCUGCGCCUCGCGCUCGACCGCAUCUUCGCCAACGAGACAGUCCCGAAGAUGAACUUUGUGAAGGAAUACAGGCGUGGCCAGGACCCGAUUUUCAUGAAAGCCCUCGGGAAGAUGACCGAACUCCAGGUUUCCGACCCGACCCACUACAACGCGCAGCAUCGGCUACUCACCUCGAUAGAUAGGCAGUUUGUGAGUUUCACGGGCUGGAUCUUGAACCAGCUCUGCGUGUCGGGCGAGGUGCUUGGCCUUCCCGAGGUCUUCCUUCACCCGAAAUACUCCGAGGUUCUCCAGAAGAUUUCAGAGCUUUGUGACAUCGACUCGCUCACCCCGCCCCUCGCCCUCGAUUUCGUCACGAGAAUGAUGCAGGAGGCCGCGAAGAUAGCCAGGAACACUAUGCUGAG